UUGCAUUACAAGGGACCCCAUAUAUAUAUAUAUAUAUAUAUAUCAAUGUCCAACCAUGUCAUGAGACAUAUUGCAUGUCCUUUCUUUCUCUACAUAUAUUGCAAAGAUUCAGCAAUUCUUUGUAACUGGGUCUAGCUCAUUUGAUCAAAUAGUGUCAACUGCACGAUCAGGCGGCCAAUUGUGUUCGAGUUCUAUGAUUAUGGCGAUAUGGGUAUGUUGCAAGAAAGAAAGUUGUUCUUUAGAAAAGAAAAAGGUUUUAGAGGCAUAAAGAUGCAUGCGCUUAGGGGGGAACUGUUUCAAACGUUCUUCAGCUAGCUUAGCUUCUAACAGUUCAAAUUCAAAUCUUGCCAUUAAAGGUAAACAUGAAAGAAUGUUAGACCGUUGCUUCUUUUCCCAACCGUUGUCUUUGAAUUUUUAAGUUUCAGUUUUGUUAGAACUACUAAGUACUCCUGGGAAUUGUUUAUUACACUGCUUUAUUACUAAAGCUUUUGCUGCGUAUUCAGUGAAUUAUUUACGACUCCUGACAGCAAUAGCUACAUCUCAGAAACCACUUUUGCUUUUUGUUCCAAGAAAAGAAAAAGAAAAGAUUCAUGUUUUUAGAUUAUUAAGUUCUAUAAUUUUAAGACAUUUCCCGGGUCCAGCCUUUUUAAUCAGAGUCCCACCAAAAUUCCUGUCUGAAUGUGGUAAUGAAGUUCUGAAAUAUUUGAGCCCACUAACCCAUUCCGUAAGACUUUCAUGAUUGCGUGCAGGUUUGAGCAAUUUAGAGCAUAAGUUACAAAACUCGAAUGGAUAAUUUGUCGAAUUCUGAUGAUUAUGAUCUGGGUUAUCAACCUUCAGUUUCUUCAGUGGAUCAAAAUGAGCUAUCAACUUCAGAAACUCCAGGGUGUUCUACGAUGAGUGGGAGUCCUUGUGCAUACUGCAGGACUAAUUCUGAGGCCUCAGCCUUCUCAGAGCCUAUUGACGGAAACAGCUUUUCUAGUGAACCUUCUCCUCCCCCCUGGCCUGUAGCCAAAUCCAGAUCCCUUAACAGGCUACUAAUGAAGCCCCACAGGCAAGUUGUGGAUGACAAACUUGAUGAUCAUGAAUCUACUGAUUCAGAGCUUGAAAUGGUGAAGGAAAGAUUUGCAAAACUUCUGUUGGGUGAAGACAUGUCUGGAGGUGGGAAAGGGGUCUGCACUGCUGUGACUAUCUCAAAUUCCAUAACAAACCUCUACGCAAGUGUAUUUGGCCAAAACUUAAGGUUAGAGCCUCUGAGUCCUGAGAAGAAGGCUAUGUGGAAAAGAGAAAUGGAUUGUCUUUUAUCUGUGUGUGAUUACAUAGUGGAAUUUAGCCCAACCUUGAAAGAUUUAGAUGAUGGGACAACUGUGGAGAUGAUGGCAAGUAAACCAAGAUCGGAUAUUUAUAUUAAUCUUCCUGCAUUGCAGAAGCUUGACAUGAUGCUCAUAGAAAUAAUGGAUAGUUUUGAAGAUACGGAAUUCUGGUACGCGAAACAGGGGAGCAUGUCGGGGAAUUCAGUUCGUUCAGGCUCAUUUCGAAGGGUUUCUCAGCGGAAAGAAGACAAAUGGUGGUUGCCUGUUCCAUGUGUUCCUCCAGGUGGCCUCUCCGAGAAGGCAAGGAAGCACUUGCAACACAAACGGGAUUGUGCUAAUCAAAUUCACAAGGCCGCCAUGGCCAUUAACAGUACUAUUCUUGCAGAGAUGGAAAUCCCAGAAUCAUUCUUGGCAACUCUUCCAAAAAGUGGAAAAUCAUGUCUAGGAGAAUCGAUUUACCGCUAUAUGUGUACCGGAGAUAAAUUCUCACCAGAACAUCUUCUUGACUGUCUGAAUAUAACAUCCGAACAUGAAGCACUGGAGCUUGCAGACAGGGUUGAAGCUUCUAUGUAUACAUGGAGGCGUAAAGCAUGUAUGAGCCAUUCAAAGUCAUCCUGGGACCUGGUAAAGGAUCUCAUGGCUGACUCUGACCGGAGUGACAAAAAUCAUGUUCUAGCAGAGAGAGCUGACAGUUUACUGUUCUGCCUCAAACAGAGGUAUCCUGAGCUAUCACAGACAACACUGGACACUAGCAAGAUUCAGUACAAUAGGGAUGUGGGGAAAGCAAUAUUAGAGAGCUACUCAAGGGUGUUGGAAGGCCUAGCGUUCAACAUUGUAGCUUGGAUUGAAGGUGUUCUUUAUGUAGACAGAACAUGAGAAAUGAACAUUAAGGCCAGAAAUGGGUCCGAUAUAUCUUAGUCCCAGUGCUUUCCUUGAGCUACUAUUCUUUUCACAAACUUUUGCAACCACCUUUUCCAGGAGGAAAAAAAAAAGAAAUAAAAAAAAAAAAGAGAAAAAAGAAGAAGAAGAAGAAGAAGAAGAAGAAGAAGAAGUGGAUGAUCGGAGGAAACUUACUUGUAUGUUUAUGAGCUUACAAAUGUUAGCUGUAAUAUGUAUAACAUUUUCCACAACCUUUUAAUGAUUUUUA